CAGAGUCUUAGGAUGGAAAGGGUAGCAGAUGCUCCGGGACCAGUUUCCUGAAGCUCCAGUUCAUCCAGCUGUUCUGUGGGAAGCAUCCCAGGAGCCUGGAGGCAGCCACCAUGGCCCAAGGGCUAGAGGUGGCUCUCACAGACCUCCAGAGCUCCCAGAACAAUAUGCGGCACCACACAGAUGAAAUCAGCGUUGAUCGGCUCCUUGUUCGCCGGGGCCAGGCCUUCAACAUCACCCUGUACUUUAAGAAUCGGGGCUUCCAGCCAGGCCUGGACAACAUCAUCUUUGUGACUGAGACUGGACCCCUGCCAGACCUGACCAAAGGGACUCGAGCAGUGUUCAGCCUGGCAAGUCAUGAUGGCCCUAGCCCCUGGAUUGCCUCUCUGGAGACCAAUGGGGCCACUUCCCUAGAAGUGAUUCUGUGUCCCCCACCCAUGGCAGCUGUGGGUCGGUACCUACUGAAAGUUCAUAUAAACUCCUUCCAAGGGCCUGUCACAGCCUACCAACUUGGAGAGUUCGUCUUGCUCUUCAAUCCCUGGUGUCCAGGGGACACUGUCUACUUGGACAGUGAGCCCCAAAGGCAGGAGUACGUUAUGAAUGACUACGGCUUCAUCUACCAAGGGAACAAGAACUGGAUCCGCCCGUGCCCCUGGAACUAUGGACAGUUUGAAGAAAAUAUCAUAGACAUUUGCCUGAAGCUGCUAGACAAGAGCCUGAACUUCCAGAUCGACUCAGCCACAGACUGUGCUCUGAGGGGAAGCCCUGUCUACAUUAGCAGAGUUGUGUGUGCCAUGAUCAACAGCAAUGAUGACAAUGGGGUGCUCAAUGGAAAUUGGAGCGAGAAUUACAUGGAUGGUGUCAACCCUGCAGAAUGGACUGGCAGUGUGGCCAUCCUGAAGCAGUGGCAUGCCACAGGCUGCCAGCCAGUGCGCUACGGGCAGUGCUGGGUCUUUGCCGCAGUCAUGUGCACAGUGAUGAGGUGCCUGGGGAUCCCCACCCGUGUGGUCACCAACUUUGACUCUGGCCAUGAUACAGAUGGAAACCUGAUCAUAGAUGAAUAUUAUGACAACACAGGCAGGAUUUUGGAGAAUAAGAAGAAGGAUACCAUCUGGAAUUUCCACGUCUGGAAUGAGUGCUGGAUGGCCCGAAAGGAUCUCCCUCCUGGAUAUGGAGGCUGGCAGGUACUGGAUGCCACACCUCAAGAGACCAGCAACGGUCUCUACUGCUGUGGCCCUGCCUCUGUUAGGGCCAUCAAAGAAGGAGAGGUGGAUCUGAACUACGACACACCCUUUGCAUUUUCUAUGGUGAAUGCUGACUGCACAUCCUGGCUCGUCUAUGGUGGGAAGGAGCAGAAACUGCACCAGGACACAAAUUCUGUUGGCAAUUUUAUCAGCACUAAGAGUAUCCAGAGUGACGAGCGGGAUGACAUCACAGAGAACUACAAGUAUGGAGAAGGUUCUCCCCAAGAGAGGCAGGUGUUUCUGAAGGCUCUACAGAAACUGAAGACUGGAAGGUUCCAAGGCCCCCAUUGGGCAGACUCACAACCCUCCAGGCCCAUGCCACCAAACCAGGACAGCCCUCGAAGCCUGGAUACACCUUCCCUUCGACCCAAUGAUGUUGUCCAGGUCUCCCUGAAAUUCAAGCUACUAGACUCUCCCUACAUGGGUCAGGACAUAAACUUCGUACUGCUGGCACUCAACAUGUCAUCCCAGUUCAAGGAUCUCAAAGUAAACCUGAGUGCCCAGUCCCUGCUACAUGAUGGCAGCCCACUGUCCCCAUUCUGGCAGGACACAGCAUUUAUCACACUGUCUCCUAAACAAGCAAAGAGCUACCCGUGCAAAAUCUUCUAUUCCCAGUACAGCCAGUACCUGUCAACGGACAAACUAAUCCGCAUCAGUGCCCUCGGUGAAGAGAAGAGCAGUCCUGAGAAAAUCCUGGCGAAUAAGAUCAUCACCUUGACUUACCCAGAAAUCAUGAUUAAUGUGCUAGGAGCAGCCAUUGUGAACCAGCCACUCACCAUUCAGGUCAUAUUUUCAAAUCCCCUCUCCGAACAAGUGGAAGAUUGUGUCCUGACCUUGGAAGGAAGUGGCCUCUUUAAGAAGCAGCAGAGGGUCCUAAUUGGAAUCCUCAAACCCCACUACAAAGUCAGUGUCUCUCUGAAGACUGUCCCCUUCAAGAGUGGCCAGAGGCAGAUCCAAGCUAAUCUGAGGAGCAACAAGUUUAAGGACAUCAAGGGUUACCGGAAUGUAUAUGUAGACUUUGGGUUAUAAAUCCUGAGACAAUGAGCUGGAUGUGUGGAUUUUAAACUGCAGGAAAAGGAGCAAAUUCAAACACAAGCUAUACCUUUCCCCAACAUCAAAGGCUCCACCAGGAUCUGAUGUGAGCAACAGAGGAGAUGUCAAUGAUGGCUAGUCCCUGGGCCAUUGGUACAGCUGCCCAGGACUCCAUUCAAGACCCAGGGAUUCCAUGGUUUCCCAUACAGAAGUGUGAUGGACGUCAGAGGAUACCAGUGGGACGUAGCCAUGACUUACUACUCCUCAGAUAUCAAGGAAAGAAGACUCACUGAGCAGAUUGUCCUGUGGUUGCAAUGGCUAAUUCCCUACUACCAAUAAACUUCAGUCCUUGCUCUCAUCUCCUUCAUCACUUUCCCUACACAAGCUCCCGCCUGUUCUCUGGUUGCUGUAGUGUCCUGUUGUUUCAAUGCCUGAGCCCAAUCACUCAUUUGAGAUUUAUUGGUUGUCUGGUACAUGCUGGACACUGUUCUGAGCACAGGAGGACAAGACAGUAAACACGACAAAUUCCCUGCCAUCAUGGAGCUUAUGCUCUAAUGGAGGUAGACACAUAAACCUAGCAACAAAUGGGGUAUCAGUCAUGAUCCAAUAUGAAAAGCAAAAACCAGGCUGAGACAGGAGGAUUGCAAGUUUGAGGCCAAUCUGGACAACUUAGUGAGACCCUGUCUCAUAUUUAAAACCUUAUGAAGGACUGGGAUAUAGCUCAGUGGUAGAUCACUGAGUUCAAUCCUCAAUAAUGGCAGUAGUGGGGGAGGCUAAAACUUCUGCACAUGUCUCUACAUACACCUACCCUGUUUACAUCUUGGGGAAAACCUGGGCAAUCUCUCACUCUUGCCCUUCCCUUGGAUCCCUUCCCAUAUGAAUCCAAGCAACCCCUUGGUCCUCACAGUCCCAGCAUUUUUUCUCAAAGUCCUGGAGGGUCUUGGGUUGACUAGGGUUCAGGAGAUAAAGUCAUCUGAAUAAUGCAGUGAGUUACGUUUUUUAUUUUAUUUUAUUUUUUAGU